UGCUGACUCAGCACAAACGAGACGCAGCGAAGGAGGACAGCCCGAAAGCGAGCGAGCGAUGCAGGAACAACAGCCAGCGCGGUUGUUGUGUGUGGACUGGGAUGGAGUGGUGUGUCGCAGUGCCAAGGAGACGGGCAAGGCAGGUCUGCUCACCGCUGCCAAGUUGAGGGACAGUCAAGUGCCGGAAGAUCAUGUUGUCGAGGACCUGUUGGAACAGUUUGAAGUGGCAAGGCCGUGUCUGGAAGUGGGAUGGGAGGCCGCCAUCAUCAUGCAUGCUCUCUGGGCCAGAAGUCUCACGCCUGCAGUCGUUCUCGAGUCAUUCCACUCCUCCCUCAAAGAUGACAUUAUGAAAGAGCUGGAGUUAACGGAGGCAAGUGCGAAGCAAGUUUUCCACGACACGCGUACCUCAUGGAUGAGCAGCAACAAGGAGGCGUGGUUGGCCUUGCACGGCUUCUUCGAGGACACACAGCAGCACCUGCAGCGAAUAAUCGCAUCAGACACAAACACAAAGGUGGCGGUCAUCACGACCAAAGGAAAGGACUUUGCAGCCCCUCUCGUGCAGCAGGCCAGUCUGGCAAUCCCGGAUGAGUUCAUCUUUGGCCUGGAAGCUGGAAAGAAGUGGGAUGUGCUGUCGUCGCUGCUUGAAGAGCACCCUGAUGCGACUUGUAUUUUUGUCGAGGAUCGUCUCAACACACUCCUUGCCGUACACGAACGGUUGGGGGAGCGUGUGCAACUGUAUCUUGUUGAUUACGGAUACAACACACCGCAGCAACGCCAACAGGCGCAGGAACACCCCGCCAUCACGGUCAUCUCUUCCUUUGCGCAACUGCCCGCGUGAUGGCAGACACCCGUGCACCAGCGACAGACAGACAGAUGGCUGCUUUGUUGAGCAUGCCACAAACUAUGCUCGCUCUCGCUCUCUCUCUGGUUCUCUGACUCUCUCCCCUUGGGUGCCAGCGUGAAGCACAUUCAGGCAUGUAAACGCGU